GCCAUCAAUUUCCCGGCUUUAGAAUUGUAGGGGGGUGGAGAAAGGGUUGGAGGCAAUUCGGUAAUAUUAUUGCUUAAGCGAGGGCAUUUCGGUCGUAAAAAAUUAAAGCGGCAGUUGUGUCGCAACGUUGCCCUUCGCCCAUUUCACCCUUUCGUGAUCUUCAUCGUUCCGCCUUCCUCUUCUCCUCCCUCCGAAGGCUCAUAUGAUUUGAAGUCCAGAGAGAGGGACGGGGCUUGAAUUCGCGCAGGCUUGAAGUUUGGACCUGAAAACUGUGUAGCAUUAAAGUUGGAGGAUUGAUAGAACAUAUGCAAAGAUCAGGUACAGGGAUGGCCUUUGUUUGGGGUCGAUACUUAAAUGUAUUACUGCUUGAUGCAAAGCCCUUCUGAAUUGAAUUGCUGGAGUGAUUUGUUUAAAAGCAAUAAAACUGGAGAUAAUGUUUGGGAGGGCAGGUCUUGAUCGAUUUAAGAAAGCUCAAUCCUUGGAACCGUUCUCAGUGAGUGUAAAUGCAACUACUAAAACAGCUACCCAACCUGCUCCUAGAACAGCUGCCCCUGCCUCAGUUCCACUAUCCCAGCCUAAAACUCCCCUUCAACAGACCCAAUACCAGCAGCAGUAUGUUUCUCAAUAUCCUGCAGGACCAGAUGCACCACCAUCAGUAGGGCCAACUCAGCAGGCAACUCAAGUUGGAGGAGGCCAGUCAACUUGGCAGCCUCCUGAUUGGGCUAUUGAGCCCCGGCCAGGUGUAUAUUAUCUUGAGGUUUUAAAAGAUGGUGAAGUCCUUGAUCGAAUUAAUCUGGACAAGAAGAGGCACAUAUUUGGGCGGCAGUUUCCUACUUGUGAGUUUGUGCUUGAUCAUCAGUCUGUCUCGCGCCAGCAUGCUGCUGUUGUUCCUCACAAGAAUGGAAGCAUAUAUGUAAUUGAUUUGGGAUCAGCACACGGUACAUUUGUGGCAAAUGAGCGAUUAACCAAGGAUACUCCUGUUGAGUUUGAAGUGGGACAGUCUUUGCGUUUUGCUGCAUCAACAAGAACUUAUAUUUUGAGAAAGAAUAAUGCAGCACUUUUCCCUCCUCCACGACCCAUGGAAAUCAACCUACCACCACCUCCCGAUCCUUCUGAUGAAGAAGCUGUUGUGGCUUAUAACACACUUUUGAAUCGUUAUGGUUUAAGAAAAUCAGAUGUACUGUCUAAUUCCAUUGAAUUGGGUGGUUCAAUAACUUCAGGUGGAAGUUAUGAUGCGCAGCCAUUGGAGAGGCCAUCUAAGAGAAUAAGGAAAACAAGAGUAGCCUUCAGGGAUCAGGUUGGGGGAGAGCUGGUUGAGGUUGUGGGGAUUUCUGAUGGAGCUGAUGUAGAGACAGAGCCUGGUCCCGUGGGUGUGAAAGAAGGGAGUCUUGUUGGUAAAUACGAAUCAUUGGUCCAAAUUACAGUCAUACCGAAAGGGAAAGAGCAUUACUCCGCAAGGGAAGACAGCAUUUCUCAAAAGGGUGUUACCGAUAAACUACAAGUAGUUUUGGACAAGGUUAAAACUGCUCCGAAGAGUGGAAUUCAUGAUGAUCUCUAUGGUGAAUCAUUUUCUGGCAAAGUAGGUUCCUCUUGGGCGCACCCAUCUUAUAGUUCUGAUGGUAAACAAGCUUCUCCAACUAAAGGUUCUGAACGGAAACCAGUUGGUGCAUCAAGUGGGAAUCUUGGUAACAACUUGGCCUAUGAUGAUGAUGAUGAUGAUUUGUUUGGGGACUAAGGUGAACAAAAAGGCCUAUUUUGUUUCUGAGCUCAAAUUUGUGGGUUAAGCACAUAUUUUUUCCUGGCCGUCAAUGGGAAAAUUUGUCCUAUCAUUAGAGAUUUUGGCCAAAAUGGCAUGCACCAGUAAGGGUUUUGAAUGACCCAGCUCAACUAAAUGCUGAGGUUGGGCAUUAAGAACUGCAUGGUAAUUGAGUAGUGGCAUUUUUUCUUUUCAGCCCCCCUCCCCAGCCGAACCUUCAUUUGAUAGCUAGGAAUCUCAGGAGACCAUCUUAAUGAUGGGUGUGCAAAUAGCUUUUAUGACAAGAAGGUUCUCUUGUAGUAUUGUUCUGUUCCAUUGCUUCUUGGAAGGCUUGUGCAAUUUGAGGGUGUUAGAAUGUUGUACUGCUAAUGUUCAUUCUACAUGGACAACAUAUUUACAUUA